AUGCGGCGCCCCUGGCUGCUUCUGGCUUUGCUCUGGGUGGGCAGUCGAACCUUCAGCGCGCCCCGACACCUGGGCCCGCUUCCUGAGCGCGUGACGGACAAGACACUGAAUGACUUUGCCGAGAAGGGCGACGUCGAGGCAGCGCUGUCAGCCCUGCAGAAGCUGCUGACUGGUGAAGAGAGCUUGCAGCACAAGCGAUACCUCUACAAUACCGCAAUCAAAGCAUGCGCCAAUGCCGGCGACAUCCCGCAGGCAGAGAGCCUCCUCAACAAAAUGCUGGAGGCGCGGGUCCAGCCUAAUCUGAAGGGCCUCGGCAAGAUGAUGGAAGCCACGGCAAAAGUGGGCAACAUCAGCGGUGCGGAGUACUGGUUCAGGCGUCGUCGCCACUUCGGCAUCGAGGAGGUCUCCACCCAAGACUACAACCAGCUGAUCAGCGCUGCUGCAAAGGCGCAGGACAUGACGGCAGUGGAAAAGUGGUUUCAGGAGUUGUUGGACCAGGGCGAAGCCUCGCCGGUGACGUUGCUGGCCAUUUUGGAGGCCACGGCGCGCCAGGGCGACCUCCGAUUGGCCCAGCAGUGGUGCGACCGCUGGCAGAGCCUAGGCCUGGAGCUGAGCUUCGGCCACCGCUUGGCGCUGCUGAACAACUUCGCCAAAGCUGGGGACCUCGAGGGUGCCGAGCGCCUCAUGGCGGAGCUCCCCGAAAAGGCGGAGGUUGCCUACCACACGGUGAUGGACGCCGCCUCCCGGUGCGGAAACCUCACAGCUGCGGAGUUCUGGUUCCGAGAGGCGGAGGCUGCAGGCUUCAACCCUAGUGCCCUGGCAUGCCCUGGGCAAACGGGUGUCUUUUUUGUAGCUCGCCCUCUCGCCCCGCGCGGUUCCCCUUGUGCCAUGGAGUUGGCGUUCGUUGCCCCCGCCACCGGCGCCGCCGGCGCCAGCACCCCUGCGCUCCGCGCUGCGGCGGCCUCGGCGUCUGCCCCCAGCGACUUCGGCCGCGCUGCAGGGCUGGGCCUCGGGGUCAUGGCCCUAGCGGCGGCGGGGGCGAGCCGAAAAACGGCUCGGAAGGCCCAGGAGAUGGCCAAGCUGCCCAAGCACAUGCAGCCUGUGGAUGACACUGCGAAGUACCCAGUCUACGCCCCGGGCCCCUCGGGCGUGCCAAAGCUUCCGCAAUUGGUGGGUGACUGGCCCGUGCCGCUGCCAGGCAGCUACAAGGCCUGUCUCACCAUGGUGGGCCCCGACGUGGAGACGGCCUGCGAGGUGGGAAAGCCCUGGGACCCGCUGGGCUUGAGCAAGCUCUAUGACAGGAACUUCGACUUCAACGGCAACAUGACAUAUCCCCACGUCCAGUGGCUCCGGGAGUCCGAGCUGAAGCAUGGCCGCUGCGCAAUGCUGGCCAUUGUGGGCAUCUUCGCUCAGCAGUCCUUCCACAUCGAUGGCUACCCAGAGGCCCCCUGGUACGAGGCGCUGAAGACUUGCUAUGACAACCCCGCGGGCAUUGUUGGCUUUGGCAUUGCCCAGAUCUCCGCUUUCGCCAUGGUCAUCGAGGGGGCUUACUUCCCCAAGGACUCCUGGGUGGGGCAGAUGGACCGCGAGCCAGGUGACCUGGGCUUCGACCCCCUGAAGCUGGCCAAGGACGCGGAGUCGAUGAAGAGCAUGCAGCUCAAGGAGCUGAAGAAUGGGCGCCUGGCCAUGAUGGCCUUCAUGUCCUGCGUGGUGGGCCACUACUUGCCCGGCUCCGUGCCCGGAGUCUCUGCGCUGCCGCGGCCAACUGCGGAGACGAAGGGCCCGGCCUUCUGCGGGGCAACGGCAAGCAGCGCCAAUCAGGACUCCAAGACCGCGGUGAAGUACACCACCCAGACGAUUCUGCCAUCCCUGGCCUGGAUCAAGACAGGCGUGAAGGCCUCCGAGCUUCAGCCCACGGAGCUGCGCGCCUUGACCCUGGCGGGCAACGACGUGCUCAUCGGCAAGACCGAGGCCGGGGCUCUGUUCUGCGUGGGUAACCUGUGCCCCCACAUUGGCACGCCCAUGAGCGAGGGCGCGGAUGUCAUCGGGGAUGUGAUCGUGUGCCCUCUCCACGGCUCUUCCUUCCAAGUCUCCAACGGCGAGCUGAUCGACUGGUGCGUGUCCCCGCCCGUGAUCGGGCCCUUGACCGGCCUGAUUGUGGAGAAGAAGAACCUUUUGGUCUUUGAGUGCCGACAGGGAGGCUUCCUUGGCUCGGGCGAGGUUGAGGUGCUGGUGGAUACCAACGCCAAGAAGGCCUACGAGGCAAACUACUGGAAAGGCUUGUUGGACGCACAGGGCAAGGAUGACGGCACUUACUAUUGGAACGAGGUCACCUUCUCCACGAUGAUCUUUGCCGCCGCCCGCGCCAAGAACCUCUCUGCUGCGGAGAGGUGGUUCCAGGAGGCGCAGGCCAGCGGCCUGUCGCCCAGCAGUGCCAUGUACACAGCGCUGGUCACAGCUGCUGCUGAGUCUCUUGACCUGCCGGCCGCCCAGCGCUGGCUGGCGCGAGCCCAGGAGGAGGACUUGGCGGGCCCUGAGCUGCUGAACAGCGCCAUGCGGGCGGCAGCGCUCUGCGGCGACCUGGGCCAAGCAGAGCGAUGCGCGGAGCAGAUGGAGCAAGCAGGGCUCGCCCUCGACGGCUACUCCUACCGCAGCCUGAUCACUGCAGCUGCGCGCAGCCAAAGUACCGAUGCGGCCCGCAGAUGGUUCCGGCAGGCAGCUGCCUGUGGUGAGGUGAACCUGAACACCUACAACGCCUUGCUCGCAGCCCUGGGCCGGCAACGGGACCUGCAAGAGGCGGAGCAAGUUUUGCAGGAGAUGCAGCAGCAGAACCUGCAGCCGGACGAGGUCUCCUACCUGGGCCUUGUUUCGGCUGCAAGCGACCUCCCCACUGCCCAGCGCAUGCUGAAGCGUGCGCGAGACGCAGGCUUCGGCAAGUCUGCAUCGCUAUAUACGGCAGUGAUCACAUGUGCUGCACAAUGCGACCUGCAAGCAGCAGAGAAAUGCUUGGAGGAGGCGAGGCUCCACGUGGCCCCCGACCUGGCCGCGUACAACGCCCUGGUGGCCGCCUGCGCACGGAGCGGCCAGUGGCAGCGGGCGGAGCACUGGGCAACGCAGCUGCGAGCAGCGGGGAAGGUGCCAGACCUCGUCACAUACACCAGCCUGGUCAGCGCCGUUGCGAAGAGCGGGCAGGUUGAGGCGGCCAAGAAGUAUCUUGAGCAGGCGUUGGAGCAAGGGCUCCAGCCAGAUAUUGCCUUGAUGAAUAGCGUCAUCUCGGCGGCUGCCAAAGCUGGCAAUGUCCAGGCAGCCCAAGAGGUCUUCGAUCAGAUAGAGCGUGCAGGACUGAGCCCAAACAUCGUCACCUUCACCUCUCUGAUCCAAGCCGCCGUGGAGGCGGAGGACAUGGACCGCGCGGAACGUUGGCUUCAGGAGUGCCGGGCGCGUGGUGCGCUGACGGCGGCCGCCAUGGCGCCCUUCUUCGCGCGCGCGGCCAAGCGCCGCGACCCGGUGGGCGCGCAGCAGGUCUUCGAGCGCAUGGCUGCGGAAGGAAUUCGCCCCGACAUCAUCACCUACAGCAGCCUUAUGUCCACUGCUGCCAAAGCGAUGCAGCCGGUUCUGGCGGAGCAAUGGUUGCAAAAGGCAACCGAAACAAGCCUGCGGCCCAAUACAGUCUGCUACGCUGUGGUCAUGGGCGCCUUUGGCCGGAGCGGGGACUUUGCUGGCUGUUUGCGGUAUUUGAAGGAGAUGGCAGCUCAGGGUCUCGUGUCGGCGCGGGAGCUGAACGUGGCGCUGCGCUGCGCCAAGGGCAAGGAAGCGGAGGAGGUCUUGCAAUGCAUCAUCAACUGGCGCUUGCAGCCCGACACGUCGAGUCGCUGGUACCUGGAGCGGUGCCUGGGGGUGCAGGCGCUGCAGACCGCCUGCGACCAGCAUGGCCUAGACUUCGUUCAGGCAAAGACCGUGGCCAAGGAACGGCGGAGGUCAGCAAGGCCACAGGCCCCACCUGGAAAGGUCCGGAAGGGACAGGCGCGCGUGUACCUGGCAAAGGAUCGACCCUGA